UUCUUCCCUCGCGGUGUGGUCUAGAUUGUUAAGAUGUCUGGACGCGGAAAACAAGGUGGCAAAGCCCGGGCUAAGGCCAAGACACGCUCCUCGCGGGCUGGACUUCAGUUCCCUGUGGGUCGAGUGCACCGUCUGCUUCGCAAAGGGAACUAUGCCGAGCGUGUCGGUGCGGGUGCACCGGUGUAUCUGGCGGCGGUGCUGGAGUACUUGACGGCCGAGAUCCUGGAGCUGGCGGGCAACGCGGCCCGGGACAACAAGAAGACCCGCAUAAUCCCGCGCCACCUACAGCUGGCCAUCCGCAACGACGAGGAGCUCAACAAGCUGCUGGGCAAAGUCACCAUCGCUCAGGGCGGCGUCCUGCCCAACAUCCAGGCCGUGUUGCUCCCUAAGAAGACCGAGAGCCACCAUAAGGCCAAGGGCAAGUAAACUGGAAUAGUCUAGUUCUUGUUCCUUGAGUAUUCGAUCUUAGCCAAAGGCUCUUUUCAGAGCCACCCACGUAUUCAUUAAAAGGGCUUACAUUUUUUUUUUAAUCCGAAUGCUUUUCAGUACAGUUUGUUCAUCUUUAUGUCAAUAUUUACAUUUUGAAACGCCAAUCACCUGGUUUAAAGUUAGAAAAAUUUAUUUGCUAUGUAUGUGAUCUACAGAAGCCUUCUAUAACAAGUAACUUAAAUUGAUCAAUUCAGCAGGUUCUCAGGGUUGUAAAUCUUGAGAAAAGAGUUGCAGUAAGAUUGAAAAGUAGAUACUGAAAGUUGACAUGGAGAUAGUGACCUACAGUUGUUAAAGUCACUCUAGUGCUACUCCUUGUUGAAAGGAAUUAUUUUCCAUUUUAAUGGGACAAAUUGAUCUGCAGUUCACACUUUCGCUUUUAAUAGCCAGUCUCUACUGAGCUGUGCCCUAGUUAAUUGUGAAUAGACAUACAGUACUUCAUAGACUGGAGCUAAAAUUCAUUUAGGUAGGCUUAAUACUGGGUCACCUUGAGUUCAAGGAGCAAACAGUUACACUUGGUUUAAUACAAUAGGAAGUGUGAGAUUAUUUCAGGGUUAAUGGUUUUAGUGCAUUCUCGAAAAUUCUGUACAAAGAAAUAUCAAGAAUCUCUAAUAAGAAUUGAAGCCUGCACAGGCCCCAGUCUGUCUGGUUUGGGGUUACUAUAUGUUUCAGCUUGUCUCCCAGGAAGACAAAGUCCUCUUUAAUAGAAUAUCUAACAAAGUUGGGUUUCGUAUCUUCUAGGCAGAGGAGUUCAGAGAUUGAGACCUGGACUUUCAUUUGAGGUAGAGGUAACCAGACCAUCCAAACUGGUAUGAUUAACCCAGUUAACCCACUGUUAAUCCAGUCUGGAUUCAUAACAGUUAUAGUAGUUGACUCUUUAAUAGUUCCUAAAAGGUGUUAUGUCUUUCCAGAAGGUGUCUUUCCUCUCCCUUUCCCCCAUAUUUUAGAGAUAUAAUCAGAUCACAACCUAUAUGAGUGUAAAAUCUGAAACUUUUAUAUAUCAUUAUUAUACACUGUACUGUAAUUCUAGGGAUUCUUUUCUCUUAUGACCACAGCUCUCACUCCAAGCAAAAAAUUGACACUGGUACAUGAUGGCUUGGAAUGAACUGCAAGAGCCCAUCCAGUGACUGCCAAGGGAAAGCCAUUUAGGUCUUAUGGGGAAGUUAGAGGAGGGUGUGUUCAGGGGGCCUGGUUUGGGGGUUACAAUACGUUUUCAGGCUUCUUUCCAACUUCUGCUUUCUUAUGAUCUCUGAACCACUAAAGUGAUGGUUCUCAAUCCUAUUAUGUCUAACACUCUUUCUGUAACAAAUACUGUAGAUACUCCCUUUCUUAUACUGAAGUGGAAUUUAUAGAUAAUACAAUCUACCAAUACAUAGCUGUAAUAUAAAAAAGAAAAUAAAAGGAAAGUACUUUGUUUAAAGAGUUCAAAAAGAGAAAUGUAGAAAUUGAUGCAAAAUUAGCUUUACUAAA